AUGGCAUCACCGCCAAAGCCUUGGGAGCGGCCAGGCGCAACACCAGCUACAUCAGCAACGCUCGCUCCAUCAUCUUCCACGGCCACUUCCACCUCCACCGCAGCCAUGCCUACAACCUCGAUGACCUCCUCCACAACCCCAGCCAUACCCGCGCGACCAGAAUCGUUGACCGCCGCGGUGAAUCAGAAUGCCGCCGCGUAUAGCCGGCUAGGAGCGAGUCCUUAUGGAGGAGCAUACGGUGGCGCCUACUCAUCGCCAUACGCAUCGCCUUAUUCGAGAUAUGGUGGCAUGGGUGGCAUGGGUGGCAUGGGAGGGUACGGAGGCGGCAUGUACGGAUCCUAUGGUGGAAUGGGAGGGUACGGGGCCGGCAUGGGAGGAUACGGAGGCGGCAUGGGCGGCAUGUACGGCGGCAUGCAGGGAGGGAUGCCGGGCGACCCAAACAACCCGGACAGCUUGACCAAUCGGUUCAACAUGAGCACACAGGCGACCUUCCAGAUGUUGGAGGGCGUGGUCGGCGCGUUUGGGGGCUUUGCCCAGAUGUUGGAGAGCACCUAUAUGGCGACUCAUUCAAGCUUCUUCGCCAUGGUCUCGGUCGCCGAGCAAUUUGGCAAUCUACGGGACACCCUCGGCUCCGUGCUGGGCAUCUUCACCCUGAUGCGUUGGAUCCGCACCCUGAUCGCGAAACUCACCGGCCGCCCUCCGCCGGCGGACGCGACAGCUCUCACGCCUUCCGCCUUCGCCCGCUUCGAAGGCCGGCAACAGCCCUCGAUCGACGGCGCACAGGGCGCGGCGCCAAAACCCAGCCGCAAGCCCCUCUUCUUCUUCAUCCUCGCCGCCUUCGGCCUCCCCUACAUCAUGAGCAAGAUCAUCCGCGCGCUCGCCUCGUCCGCCGAGGAGGAAGAGCGGCGCCGCCAGCUGCAGUUCGCGCAGCAACAGCCCAUCGACCCCUCCAAGCUCGAGUUCUGCCGCGUGCUGUACGACUACUCCCCCUCGGCCCAGGGCCAGGCCGUGGUGCAGGACGUGGACAUGGAGGUGCGCAAGGGCGACCUCGUCGCCGUGCUCAGCAAGAGCGACCCGCUCGGCAACCCGAGCGAGUGGUGGCGCUGCCGCGCCCGCGACGGCCGCAUCGGCUACCUGCCCGCCACCUUCCUCGAGGUCGCCCGCAAGCCCGUCGCCGGCCGGCCCCCCCUCGCCGCCAUCGAGAACGCCGCUGCUGGCGAGAGCAGCAGGGCCAGCUCGCUGACGAGCGCGGUCAGCGCCCCCGCGGCCGUGCCGUCCAACAAGGCCGAGGCGCCGCUCUCGGCCGUACCGCAGACAAAGCUUGGAGACGUCACGGCGGAGAGCUUCCAGAAGAGCCAGUUCUAUUCAUAG